AUGGAUGUACUAAAACAGACUGGUUUUCUCUAUUUCCUCCACGAAACUGACAUAACUGUCUUUGCUGUUAAUGCUCUCCUAGGGUCCAACGUCUUGGGAAAGAACACUCAGGAGCACGUGGUUGCUCCUGAGAAUGCUGAAAUACUGCAAGUCCGGGCAGACACUUCCACAGAUGUUCCACAAAGUGAAACGGAAGUGUACCCUGAAUCUUCUACCAGUUCCACUUCACCAUACAACCAAGAAACCCCACCUGUAAAGAUGGUGAAGGUGAUGUCCAAAAAACACAGAGAUGUGUCGUAUGAAACUACUGACAGUACAGAUUCAACCACGGACCAGCACAAGUCACCAAUGAGCAUGGUCAAGGUGCUAUUUAAUAAACGCAGACGAGUACUAAAGAAAAGGUGUAUCAAAACAACUGUGAUUCCACUUGAUAUGGACAGACCUCAAGUCAUCUCAGGCACCUCCAGGGAAACACCACAUAUUACAACAGAAGUGGUACAUGAAAAUUCCAACACUGCAUCUUCCUCCAGAGUACAGGGAGAGCCACCAGUGAUGAUGGUGGAGGUGGCGUCUAGAAAACACAUGUUACCAGAGACUGAUGACAGCGCACUUAGACCAGAUGGCAGAGGAGUGAUACCAGAGAGCUCAUCGGAGAUACAGCAUCCAAACCAAAGACGAAUUUCUCCUCUAUUAAAGAGACUUCAACGGAGGCGAGCUGUAGCCCCUACGGAAGUGAUGGGACCAGAAGUCUAUAAUUUUUACUCUGCAGAAACAACUGAUAAGAAAAACGGUAUGGUGGGAAUUCUGUGAUUCUGUCCAGUUGUGUAAUGUGGUGACAAUUAUUUUCUUUCAUAUGUAAAUCUAAAGAGAAGCUU